UAUUAUUAAAAUGCUAAAGAAAGGAUCUAAGUUGACCCUCCCACAACUCUGGAAGACUCUUUCAGCCGGCCUUCAGGAAGCAGUCAGCGACUUUGAGAAAAGAGAGUUUGGACUAGACACCAUGUCAAAAUAUGACUUCCUGAGUUGUGAAGAAAUUCAGCAAUAUAUAAAUUAUGAAGAUGAAGCUGGGAAAUAUUACAGAAAUUUGAUCCAUAGGGAUGACUCGAUUGUCUUAAAGACUAUUAUCUGGAAUCGUCUUGCUACCACUCCUAUACAUGGACAUUCCUCCAGAGGUUGCUGGGUCCUCUUAACGAAGGGAGAACUGAUUGAAAAGACCUUUAUAAGAAAAGAUGGUAAAGUCUUCCAAACUGAUGAAGCUAUAUUAAAGCCAGGAGAGAUUACUUAUAAUCAUGAUGCUAUCGGAUUCCAUUCUAUGGAAAAUCCUUCAAAAACAGAACAAGCGAUGACAAUACAUUGAUAUCAUCCUCCAUAUGACGUUACUUCCGUGAUGGAUGAAGACGGUGUUAUCAAGAGACUUCCUCUCACGUAUUAUGGAGAAGAAGGUGUCAUCUAA